GGUAGGUUUGCUGAUCGCGCGGAGCUGCUCCCAUAGUCUGAGCUCGGUCUCGCGCAGCUCUGUGUGGAUCGCGCGGGGAGGAGCGCGAGAGGAACUGCAGCGGGACUCUGCAGCGCGUGCGGACACGGCAAGCAGAUCUAAACUCAGAGGAGCUUCUCAGCCUCGCCAACAGAGGGAAGAUCAGACGAAGUCCAGGACACUGAAGAGAAGAAGGAAGGCUUUCCCCCGACGUCCGACUGAUGUUCACCGGGACCAGAGAUUAUCUGGGAGAUUUUAUGACGGAAGGUGUGUUCUUGUUCCGAGCAGCACUAAGAGGAGAUCUCCAUUAUGAAUGCAGACAGCGGUGGACGAGCUCGUAAAAGUGUGUCGCUGUCUCUCACUCUCUGGCCCAUGAAGAGAGUUCAGAGUUACCCCAAUCUGAACACCUGCUCCACAGGUAGUGAAACUCACUCCGCAGACUCUGAUGGCUGGCGGUCACGUAGCGUAACGGAGGGCUUCAGGAACGGUGAUGCCAGCAGCUCAUCUCUGGCAGCCAAAGGCUUCCGCAGCGUCCGACCCAACUUGCUGGACAAGAAGUCCCCUGUCCCGGUCCCGCUCCAGCCCCCUCGGAGAGAGAGCUAUCACAUGACACCUAAUCCUCCUUCUUACAGCUCCCUUCCGAUGCUCUCCAGCCCCUCCGGUUCUUACACCAUCAAAUCCAGCCUCUCUUCCACAUAUUCCUAUUCCAAGACCACCCGCACCACCACAUCUACCGCAGACCACUCUCCAGAGGCUAAUACUAGUGCUAACAGUUAUAUCACCCAACUCCUGGAGCACAAGGUCCCAUCUCUCAAACUAGGAAGUAAUAAAACCAGAGCCAGCCCACCAAACGUCAAUGAUAACGCAGCAGAUCCUAACAUGGCUAAUGCUAAUGCUACUAAAGUGAACACAGUUAAGACUACAGUGGCUAAUGCUAAUGCUACUAAAGUGAACAUGGCGAACGUUAAGUUAACUAAUGAUAGGACUACCACAGCAAACACUGUGAACCUUAGUCACCAGGAGCCCAAGGAGGCCACACCCAUUACUCCCCCUAAUCCACCACCCUGCCGUGAGUCCACCUUAGCCACUCCUACACACACAGCCUCUCUCUCCAUCCAGAUAGCCCCGAAAGGCUCGGGACCGCAGGCUGGAUCCGUAGCUCCAUCUGCAGCCAAACCCGAAGACGAGGACCCAGUGUCCAGCCCCGUAGUCCCUCCAAGACCAUCAGCUGAUGUCCUGAGUCAGAUGGCAGUGAAUGGAAAUGCUCAUUCCCAGAGGGCCUUCUCUCCUCCAGCGCACCCCCCUCCUCCACCAGUCCUUAGUCCAGGACUAGUGCAGAUCCAGCAAACUAGACGCUCAGAGGGCUCAGAGACAGUGCAGAGAGAGUCUGUAAUGUCUGGUCAGUCGGUGGUCAGCAGCACCACUCCAAUCGCCCGUUUCUCUGAAGAGGAGAAGAGAGUGUCAGUCAUCAAAGCUCCGCACUAUGAGGGCAUCGGCCCUGUGGACGAGUCGGGCAUCCCCAUCGCUAUCCGCACGACUGUAGACCGGCCUAAGGACUGGUACAAGACCAUGUUCAAGCAGAUCCACAUGGUGCAUAAAGCUGACGAUGACUAUGCGGACACGUACGACGCCACCUAUGCCAUCGUGAAUAACGAGAACUACGACCCUGUCCAUGCUCAUCCUCCACCACGGACGCAUACCUACCGGCCACUGUCCCGGAACAUGGUUGACCCACCCCAGCGUGAGCCGAGCCCCACCCCCAUCCCGCCUCCUCCCCCGCCCAUGCCCUCACUGCUGCAGCUCCGCUCCCGCGACCUGGACCGCGAGAAAGUGCAGCUGCACGACCCGAACGAGUGGAGUCCUCCUGACCGCAAAGUGGACACGCGUAAAUAUCGCGCGGAGCCGCGCAGCAUUUUCGAGUACGAACCGGGAAAAUCGUCCAUCCUGGAGCAGGAGCGACCGACGUCCCUCUACCUCCCGCCCUCCGAAAGGCCCGAGGGGGCCCCGAGUGCAGCCAGCGAUUACAGGAAGAGGCGAAAGUCGGAGCCGUCCGGCACGGCCGACGAGCAGCAUGCCGGUCAGGUGCCCACACGCCCACUCGAUCCCUCCAGGUCCAGCACUCUGAAGAAACCUGCCAUACGUUCCUCCCCUUCAUCUCCAUCCAGAGGCAAAGCUGGAGGCACUAGUGAGUCUCUCUCCUCAUCAGUGAGCUCCCCAGGUAUGGCGUCCUCUCACCUGUCUUCUGACUCCCUCACCCUCUCCACGUCCACCUUACGCAGCUCCAAGCGCUCCAUCUGCUUUAAGAAUGGCUGGCCGAUGUCCCGGCAAGAGGGUGCUGACACCUGGAGCAGUGUGGAGGAAGAGGAGGCGUCCUCACCACGCCUUAAGUCACGUAGCUGUGAUGACCUGCUCUCGGAUGGGAAUGGCGGAAUGCCUGGAAGAGCCUCCAGUUCUGCGACUGCUACCCGCUCAGAAAGUGCUGGAUCCCUGAUCGAUGAAGAUGGAAUACAGCAGCAGCAGGCAAAGAGUCUUAACUCGUCGCCAAGGGGACGACGACACCAUAGGCGUAAGAUGGCCCAUGACACGCCGGGAUUUCUGCAGCUGUACAAAAAGAUGCACCACAUUGACCGGGCACAGCUACUGCCCUCAGAAGUGAUCCGUUCUGUGCGAACUCGCAUCCUGGAACUCGAGCAGCAACAGCAGCGGAAAAACCUCCAUGCCUGGCCUCCGUUUGGACAUGAGGUGCCACAGCACAUGGUGCCAAACCGGAUUUCGGAAUAUGAGCAGCUGAUCAAGAAGUCCAAAUCCAUGCCGGAUCUAGGUGAGGACAACACUCCAUCAGGCACCACUACCCCAGGGUCCUCAAGGGCCAGCAGCUGCCCCAAACGGCGCUUUUCGGUGGAGUCACUUCUAGAGGAGGAAGAUCCUCCAGAACGGACUCUUCCAGAAGGUCAGCCAAGGCCAGGUACAAAGAGUCACAGCUUGGUGCAGGUGGUCAGGCAGGAUCAGCACCAGCAGCAGGACUACUCAGACAGUGAACAAGAUGCUUGCGCUUCUGAACUUAGUGACUUCAUCCAAAUUGAGGGCUCAUCUUUUUGCAGUGAGAGUGACUUGGACCACUGCUCACUGGCCUCAUCUGAAAGCUUCUAUGGCUCAGGACACCUUCACCACCACCACCAUCACCACGGACACCGGCAUCAUGGCAGCCACCACCACCAUCUCCAUCAGAGUCUGGGCCAGAGUCAAGGAUACCACCACCGCCACCUGAUCAGCUCCUGCAAGGGGCGCUGCCCAGCAUCCUACACUCGCUUCACCACUAUGCUAAAGCACGAGCGAGCACGGCAGGAGAGCCGUGCUGCCAUCACCCCUUCACUGGCUCAGCACUCACCCAGCGAAUCGGGCCUUUCCAAGCUGGCUUUCCUGGUCAGCCCUGUGCCUUUCCGCAGGAAACGGGGUUCCCCACCAACUCAGAGGCGCCACUGUCGUGCUGGCCGCCACAGAUCAAAAGCAUCAGUCUAUGAGGCUUUAGAUGCCGCCCUGCAGGACAUCUAUGACCACAUAAGGGCUGAGAAAGGGCUGGGACCGGCACGGUUGCCAGACGACAGCAUUUUGCGGCGGCUACUGGAGGAGUUACUCCCGGAUGUUCCAGAGAGGAGCUCCUCGUUGCGGGGACAGAGGGGGUCCUACUCCCCUUCCUCUUCCUCCCAUUUCUACCAGCCUCACCACAGUGCCUCCUACCAGCAGCCCCUCCACACAGACGCCUCCAACAACAACCAGCACACUAACGCUAACACUAAUGCGAUCUGCUGUUCAGAUCAGGGCUCUGAUGCUGGUUCUCUCACGCCUCAGAACAGAGGACCAACUCCAGAUCGAGAGGUGUCCUCUAAGCAGAUGACAUAUCUCAUAUUGUCUUCUCUCCUCCAUCAGAGACAGUCUGCCAGGGCUAUUUACGACUUUAAAGCUCAGUCCAGCAAGGAGCUCUCCUUUAAGAAGGGCGAUGCAAUCAACAUCAUCAGACAGAUCGACAGUAACUGGUACGAGGGAGAGCACAGAGGGCGCAUCGGCAUCUUCCCCAUUUCUUAUGUAGAGAAGGUGGCGUCUCCGGAGCGUAAGCAGCCAGCCCGUCCUCCUCCCCCUGCGCAGGUUAGAGAGAUGGGGGAGGCUGUGGCUCGAUACAACUUCAACGCUGACACUAAUGUGGAGCUCUCGCUUAGAAAGGGUGAGAAGGUGAUUUUGUUGAGGAAGGUGGAUCAGAACUGGUUUGAAGGGAGGAUUCCUGGUUCCAAUAAGCACGGAAUAUUUCCUGUCUCAUACGUCGAUGUCAUCAAGGGAUCCCCUUCCAAGAGCCCCAGUCACCAUGGAGACACACACAGGGGGCACAAGAGGAUGAUGCAGGAUUCCCUCCAUGGAGCCGGAGAACCGUUCCAGGCUGUGUACAACUAUGUGCCCCGGAACGAGGACGAGCUGGAGCUGCGUGAAGGUGACGUGAUCGACGUGACAGAGAAAUGUGAUGACGGCUGGUUCGUAGGAACAUCUCGGCGGAGCAGGAUGUUCGGAACGUUCCCAGGAAACUACGUUAAGCCACUUUAACGAAGAUUACGGCACAACCACAGCAACUCCGAUGCCUUCCGUAUAGGGCCAAUGUGGAACCUCAACCCUGAGUGUGUGUGUGUGUGUGUGUGUGUGUGUGUGUGUGUGUGUGUGUGUGUGUGUUCGCUCAUGCAAAAACAAUUUUAGCUUUCACUAGCCAUCUCUACAGACUCCUACAAUGAAGUUUUUUCCUUUUUGUCAUUUGAUAAAAACAGAAAAAAAAACGGUUUCAGGUUUGUUUGAACGUUCAGCUUCCUGGAUUAAAGCUCAGCAGCUCACACCUGUAUUUACCUGCUUUAUAACAAUAUCUUAUUUAUUAGAGAUAAUCAUUUCCGAUAAGCAAUAGUUGUGGGAGAUCUGGGUAGGAAAUUUUCAGAGAAGAAAAAUAAUUGAUGGCAACAGAGUCGUUUAGUGUCUGAGGAAGUGUGUGUGUGUGUGUGUGCGCACGUUUGUAGAGUUAGAUUGCUGAAAGACCAUAUAGCAAAAGUUCGUAAGUGGAUUUCUGGGAUUUUUGACUUUAAUUGAAAGAUUUUGCGUAAAAGCAAUAAGAACCUGUGCUAGUCUGACAUUCAUCCCCUUUGUGUGAAAACACAUACAUAUUGUGUUAAAACUGAGAUUUUGCUCAUAUUUGGGCGAAUUAUUAAAAAGGUAUGUCCAUGUAUGUGCAAUGAGGAAUUAUUUACAACAGUAUCGUUACUCGCCAUGGAGGUGUAAACAGAAUGAAGUAUUAUUUGGACAUGGCAAUCGACGCAUUUGUAUUAGAAUACUUUAAAAAGCAUUAUGCCUGUGAAAGUGUUCAGCUGUCCAGGUCAUUGAAUUGUUUAAUAGCAGCAAGUCAAGGUGACCGGGCAUGUGGUUUCCUCAACACAAGUCUUCAAUCCCUUUAACUACAGGCUUAUUACUCAUUCGUCAAGCUUAAAGACUUUUAUUCAGUGAUUUCUAUUAAGUAUUUGUAUCUUCUGUAAAAUGUGUAAGUCAGCUUGUUGUCAGGGUGAGGAAUUGGGUGGGUAGAACAUUCAGAUAAUUCAAAUCUACCACAAAUUAUGCCACAAUGGACACAUCGUAACAGUUGCCUAGUAACCACUAAACAUUCCCUUGCAAUUAUUUCCAGUACCACCUGGAAUACCAAAGCAACUACCUGGAAUACGAUAACAACCAAAUAGCAAUGCCAACCAUGAUAGAAACCACAGCAACUAUGACUAGCAUCAUUCUAGCCACCACCUGGAAUACCAUUGCAACUGCCUUACAAUGCCCUAGCAACGACCUCAAAAGUCCUCUUUUAGUCCAAGAACCCCCUGCACUCCAGCCCUUCUCUCAGUUUCAGAAUUCAGCAAAUUCCAAUCUGCCACAUAUUGUGCCUCAAUGGACAGCUCUUGCAGUUGCUGAGCAACCCCACUACACAUUCCCUAACAAUCACUUCAAGUACCAUAGCAACCACCUGGAAUACAAUAGCAACCACAUAGCACUACCCUAGCAACCAUGAUAGAAUUCAGAGCAACCACCUUGCAACAUUCUAGCAACCACCAGGGAAACCACAACAACUGCCUGGAAUAUCAUAGCAACUACCUUACAAUACCCUAGCAACCACCUAGUAACAUUCUAGCAAUUGCCUGGAAUACCAUAUCAACCACCUUACAAUAUCCUAGCAACCACCAGCGAAACCUUUUCAGGACUCUUUUUUCUCUAUGAUUUAGAAAUGAAGGCAUUUCUGGUUGCUGGUCCUGUUUAUCGGAAUUUUAAUGGCAUGUAUGAACACAUGCAUCCCAGUGAUGUCCCAGGUUUUGGAGUCUCAGGAAAGGGCUGGACUGCAUUUGAACAGGGUCCAAAGUACAUAUAGGCCUGAAUGAAGCGUCUCAGGUUCAAAACAUCAUCAAUUCUACCACAAAUCCGGUCACCUUGACUUACUACGUCCUGGACGUUAAACGGUGCUGGCAUUUUGGCCUGUGAUCAGCAUUUCUGGGUACCCUUCUGACAUUAGACUAAUUCAUUAUAUUAUGAAGAGAGUUUUAUGAAUAUCUUGGGUUUUGAAGUUCAAUUCAUGCUGGUUUGAAUGUCCAUAGAUCGGUUGCCAGUUAUAAUGUAAAGAAAAUGUUAAAGGGCAAACUGUCGUGUGAAAUGAACUUGUAUGAAGACAAAAGUUUGUUUUCCCCUCUCUGUCACUCUUUUUCUCUUUUUGUCAUGCUUCACACCUUUUUUGUCACAAUGUGGCUUUGAUGAGAGUUAUUGUAACAAAAUUCACUUUAAAAUGAUGCACAAUGUAACAGACUUCAGAGAGAACUGUUGAAUAUGUUUUCUAAUGCGCUUGAUUUUGCUUCUGUCAAAAAGUCAUGCUGGCCCUGUUCACACCUGGUGUUAGCAUUCAUCCUGGGCGACGUGAUCGCGAGUGGACAGCCAGACGUAUAGUAUGGCAUUUCAUUGGGUCUCAAAUCUGAUUCCAGUGGCCACUUAUGAUCAUAUUCCAUGACGAAACAUCUACACAUUAGCCUCCACACUACACGUUGCACCACCACCAAAAGUUAUCAGACCAGAUUGAACCCUGCUUACACCUGUACUUUGCAACAAUGUUGGGGUCAAUGUGUCCAAAGAAAGGCAAUACAUAAUGUGAUUACUGUGUCUUGUAAUUACGUAGUGUAAAGUGUCUAGCGAUAAAGAUUCAAGAAGCGAUAAAUUAUGAUUCACUGUUGUGCAACAUGUUAAGGAUUUUCACAGCUACAUACAUCAGAGCUGCAAGUACCUUUUUGUUCUCUGAAAGGCUGAGAAACAAAAUUCCUCAUAAUUCCCAGGUUAAGAAAGAUGUGUUCAUUACAUAGACACACAAAAGCUCCUUAUAGUGAUGCAGGUUUGUUGUAACAGCAGCCAUUAUUGCUUGACACUAUUAACAUCAGCACGGGGUUUGAAAAUGAUCAUGAUGCACAUUUACAGGCUAGUCGUUACUCCAAACAAUUCAUUCCUUCAAUCUAAUUAUGCAGCAGUCUUGUGAGGGAACAAGAUCUACAGCUCUUAACCAUGUGUUCAUCCCAGAAACAGUGCAGGAUUAUCCAUGCCUAUCCUAAUUGCAACAGCUGACUGCAAUUCCCAGUGUGGGACACACUGUAAACAAUGUCAACGCAUGUAAUCAUGCUAAUAUGGAGCCGGUCCUACACCCAGUCUGGGAGGAGUAAAGCACAGAAAUACAAAAAUAACUAAAAGAGGCAAAAAGGUUGGUUUGGAGGGAAUGCUUACGUGAAAGCAAACCGAUGACAACGAGUACCUCCCCCAGAUGAGGUGCUGGGUGCGGACUCAAGAAUUAUGCAGAACAAAGUAAAUGAAAGUGAAGUAAAACCCAACACAGGUGUGAACAGAGCCACUGAGUUUAAAGGGGACAGCUCAGUAUUUCCUGCACACGCAGUGUCGCUUCACUGUGUUAAACUCCUUUUUCAUCUGCUUGUGAUGGAUGCGUGUCAAAAUGUGUGAUGGAACAUCUUUAAAGCACCUUAAGCACAUUAGUUGUGUGUGAUUUGAGUUUUUGCACUUGUCUGGUUUGCGUUUGCUCUCAGAAGCUUCACCAGCUUGAUUUCCUUUUUGUUUUUUUUGUAUGGUCACGUAUUUCGACUUGCUUUAUAAAGUCUGUCUUUGCUCACUCACUCAUCGCUUUGGGUUUUUCUUUCGUUUUCAUUUCACCCAUGCAUACCAUCCACGUGCCAAAAACAUUUGGACGACAACAGUAAAAAAACGUUAUGCAAAAAUUCAACAGCAAACAUUGUUUUGGGACUGGAGAAGCGCAUUACCUCACUGCAGGACUGAAGAUUUUCUUUUUGAUAGACUUUUUUUCGCCUCUCUGGACUUUUUACGGUAUGAUUCCUGUAUUUACAGACUUUCUGGUAACUAACAGACACACACGUAUAUACCGCUCUCUGCUGUGUCUGUAGGGUGGGCUGAAGUGAAGCCCCUUUAUUUUACUCUCUUUCUCUCUCUCUGCUCUGUCAUUUAAUUCCGUAUCUAAUAAAUUUCUUCGCAGUGA